AUGAAACGGAUAAGCAGCCUCACCAAGGGCUUGCCGGCUCUCAGUCCCUUACGGGGAACUGGUUUCCGGCCCGUCAACCCUCCAUUGCCCCGCAAGUUGCAGCACGGCUUCUUUGCUCGGUCGAAGAGGACUGCCACUAUUGGUGCCAGCCUCCCUGUCACUAUUGUUGCUGGAACUUUGUUCAUCUGGUGGCUCUAUCCGUCGGAUGAAUUCGCAAAGCUCUCUCCUCCGCGGCGGAGCAGGAGAAGACCGUAUUACGAUGAGCAGGAGGUGGAUGACGAACAAGGCGAGUUAGACGAGUAUGAUGACCCGCCCGAGACGGCCUGGGACAGCUUCGCGAGGCGCAUCGAAAAUAUCGCCAUUGUCACUGAGACAGAGUGGUCCGCCUUUUCCGAAAAAGUUGCGGACAUGAUUCUUCCAGACUGGUCAAAACUUGUACCCGGAUACUUGAGGAAACUUCAGAGAGAAUUGUCCAUGGCGCCAGGCUCUCUUGCCGACGAGAUUUGGGAGGACGCCCACGAUCCUGCCAUCAAUCCUGAGAUUGCGUACUCGGCUCAGGUUCGAGUAUCCUCGCAAUUAUGCGACGAUGAGAAAGAGUUCCUGGCAAGGCGGAAGCGCGUCAUCAAAGUUGCUCUAGCCAAGUACCUAGGGCUCGAUGAACAUGACAUCCAUCCUGAUGAUAUCCCGACCAUUGCCAUGUGUGGAUCAGGAGGUGGACUGCGUGCUCUUGUGGCUGGCACAGGUUCGCUCAUCGCUAGUGAUGAAGACGGUCUUUUUGACUGUGUGACUUACACGGCCGGCGUAAGUGGCUCAUGCUGGUUACAAACGUUGCUCAACUCUUCAAUAUCAGGCGGCAAUCUCCAGAUGCUCCUGGAGCAUUUAAAAAACAGGACAUCUGUUCACAUUGCCUACCCACCAGUCGCUUUCCAAUCUCUACUUUCAAUGCCCACCAGCAAGUACCUCUUGAGUGGUCUCGUGGAGAAGCUUAGGGGUGAUCCCAAAGCCCACUUUGGCUUGGUGGACGUUUACGGUUUGCUACUCGGGGCACGAUUUCUGGUACCCAAGGGUGAGCUGAGUGUCAACGAAAAGGAUUUCAAGUUAUCUAACCAGCGGGACGCCAUUAAAUUUGGCGAUCGCCCAUUGCCCAUUUACACGGUCGUUCGACACGAGAUUCCUCAAACAGAAGAGUCAAAUCGUGGGCCGACAGAAAAGGAGAAGAAGAGAGCCAAGGAGGAGUCAUGGUUCCAAUGGUAUGAAAUCACGCCAUACGAGUUCUUUUGCGAAGAAUUUGGGGCCGGCAUUCCGACUUGGGCAAUGGGACGCAAGUUCAACAACGGCAGAGACGUACCGCCGGAAACUGGAUUCCAUCUGCCUGAAAUCAGAGUACCUCUGUUGAUGGGUGUUUUUGGAAGUGCUUUUUGCGCAACUCUCAGUCACUACUACAAGGAGAUUAAACCUCUGGUUCUGAGCAUAUCCGGGUUAAGCGGGGUUGACCAGUUUGUGUCUGGUCGUGACGACGACCUGAGCAAAGUUCACCCCAUUGAUCCAGCCACCGUGCCUAACUUUGCCUAUCAGAUGCAUGGCAAGCUGCCAGAUAUCACGCCCAAAAGCAUAUAUGAGAAAGAAUACAUCCAACUCAUGGAUGCCGGCAUGUCCAACAACCUGCCCAUCUAUCCCCUCCUCCGCCCCGGCCGACAUGUCGACAUUCUUAUUGCAUUCGAUGCCUCUGCAGACAUUAAAACCGACAACUGGCUCUCCGUAGCCGAUGGUUACGCUCGUCAGCGCGGUGUCAAAGGCUGGCCACUAGGCAUCGGAUGGCCAAAAGCCGGCGAGUCAGUCAAGGAAACCGCCAUGCAACUUGCUGAUGCAGAAGCAUCCUCAUAUCAGGAGGCAGCACAGCACGUCAAACAAGCCAAGCAGGAUCAAGAGUCCCUUCGUCAGGCCGCCGGCUGCGUCGCGAAGGAUGCUCAAACCGACGACGAAGAAGAAGCCAAAUACAGACCUGGAAGCGAAGAAGCCGGCGACCUGGGCUACUGUACCGUCUGGGUCGGUACUACACAGGAACGGUCUCCGCAUCCUCCACCGCCAGCCAAGGCAAUUGACGACACCAAUAAGUGGCAGCUAACAGAACCGGACGCCGGUCUGGCUGUCGUAUAUGUCCCCUUUCUCGCUAACAAGAAAGGACCCGAUAUUUCUCCAGGAACAACGAACUUUUUGAGUACUUGGAAUUUUGUUUAUACACCCGAGCAAAUCGACAGCGUCGUGGAGCUCGCGAGAGCAAAUUAUAAUGAGGGAAGGAAUCAAAUUCGGUCUACUGUUCGGGCAGUGUAUGAGCGGAAAAAGUUGCUUCGCGAAUACGCCGAGAAGAAACGUGUCCAAGGGCUAGAAAUAUUGAGUAGCUAA